AUGGCGCGCGAAGAGGUGUUGCAACGGGCACUUCUCGCGGCUCUAAUUUGCCUUGGCGCUGCUACGCUGGGGGCAAGAGCUGACCUGGUUCAAGUCGGGGGAUCGUCGGGAUGGGGGCUCGGAAUCAACUACCCGCUGUGGGCGGAGCAGAACCCAGUCUACGUGGGCGACGUUCUCUUCUUCGUGUUCCCCCCAGCGAUUCACACCGUCUUCGCGCUGCCCAAUAACCAGUCCCUGACCGCGUGCGACUUUUCCAACUCAACCAACCUGAGUCAGCCCAACAACUCCAACGUUGCCCCGGGACUGGUCGGCGUGAACGUACCGGUCUCAGCGCCUGGCCCGGACUACUACGCAUGCGAGGUCGACGGCCACUGUCUCGACGGCAUGAAGGUCGCCAUCAACGUUCUACCGGGGCCCCGCCCCGUGCUCGCGCCCGCGCCCGCGCCCGGCGCGGGCAUCGCGGCCGGCCCUUCCGGGGCGUAG